AUGGACCAAGGGGAAUUCUUCCUGAGCAUGUCCGUCACCGACCGACGAGUCCACUUCAGUUGGGAGGUGAUUUUUGUCUAUGGUCCUGUGGACCAUGGGCGCUCAGCCACCUUCCUUGCCGAGCUGAAAGAUAAGGUGGAGAGGUGCACCACUCCAGUAGUGGUGGCCGGGGACUUCAACCUCAUUAGGUGUGCUUCUGAAAAAAGCUCGCCUAAUGUUUAUCAGGUCCGCAUGCGUCUAUUCAAUGACUGCAUUGCGGACCUUGCGCUUCAUGAGAUAGCCCGCGUAGGGGCUAGGUUCACUUGGACGAAUAAGCAGGCGGACCCCAUCCAGAGUGUCUUAGAUAGUGUCUUUGUGUCGGCCCAGUGGGAAGUGGUGUUCCCAUUGUGCUCACUCAAAGCGGUCACUCGGAUUGGCUCCGACCAUACCCCCCUGCUUUUCUCGCUGGGGGGCCAUGAAGGGCUGGGGGCGAACCUUGGCGCUGACAUCCGGGCCCGUAAAGGGGCCCUGCUAGAUCAGAUUAAGGUGCCGGAUGGCCUUGCAGACGGGCAGGGCCUGUCUCCUGACGAUUGGCUUAGGAGAUACUCCCUCGAGGCCUCGUUCAUGGACAUCUACAAGAGCGAGGAGCUGAGGAAAUGUGCCAUCCCUUUCCUCUGGGAUGGGGAUGCCCUUCUGGAGAACCCAGUUGACAUCUCCACCCAUAUAUACUCCUUUUAUAAGGAGCUGUUCUCGGCUGAGCCGCGUGGAGGUGUCUCCCUCUGCGCUGAUUUCCGGCCGCUUGCAGACCAGGUCUCUGAUGCGGAGAAUGCGGAACUUACUCUCUCAUUCUCUCCUGAGGAGGUGGGUCGGGCGAUUGCUUCUAUGAAAGCUUGCUCGGCCCCGGGGCCGGAUGGCCUCCCGGUAGUUUUCUUCCAGAAAUUCUGGGAGAUCCUACGUCCGGUCAUUAUGCCCAUGUUCCAUGAGUUCUAUAUUGCCCUGGACAUGGCUAGGAUUAACUAUGGUGUCAUAUCUCUGAUCCCGAAAGUAGUUGGGGCUACAGAUAUUCGGCAGUUCCGCCCCAUCACGGUGAUCAACAUGCUGGAUCGAAUCUUUGUGAAGGUUUGCGCGACCCGUUUAUCCCCUGUGGCGGAAAGGAUUGCCCACCCCCUUCAGUCCGCGUUCUUGAAGGGCUGGCGGAUCCAUGACGGGAUUCUUGCCCUUCACGAGAUCGUCCACGAGGUGGCGUUGAAGGGGCUUAAGGGGGUCUUCCUCAAAUUGGACUUCCAGAAGGCAUAUGAUCAUCUGGACUCGUCCUUUUUGAGGUUGGUGAUGCAGCGACGAGGUUUUGACGAGAGGUGGUGUUCCUGGAUCAUGCAACUUGUUAGAUCUGGCUCAGACUCGGACAUUGUCAAUCUUAAGUUCCUUCUGCUCUGCUUUGAGAAAAUGUCUGGACUUAAGAUUAACUUUGAUAAGAGCGAGGUGGUGGUCCUUGGCUACUCAGAGGCUGAGCAGCUUCGGAUCGCGGAUAACCUCAACUGUAGGUUGGCGUCAUUCCCCAUAUCCUACUUGGGGAUGCCCCUGGCUGAGUCCAGGAUUUUGGGACAACCCCUCCUGGCUUGCUCUCACUCGGCUGGGUCCCAGUUCUGGAAAUCUAUUCAGGCCAUCAAGGAAGAGAUUAGGCUGAGCUUGCGUUUCUCAGUUGGCAAUGGGUCUGGGACCCAGUUUUGGUUGGACCCUUGGUUGGAGGGCGAGCCUCUCCGCUUGCAGUUCCCGAGGCUCUUUGCGAUUUGUCACGACCCGGCCAUCCUUGUUUCUGUGGCUGCUUUGGAUGAGGGACGGAACAUUGCGUUCCGCCGCUCAUUCGGACCAGAUGAGGCAUUAUGUCGUGUGCCGGUUCUAUAG